UCGGGGUUGUUAAUAUAAUAUUAUCAACUCAUCUUGUUUAAGAUGUGAAUUUCUCUUCACCAGAAAACCUGAAUAACCCUUUCACAGGUUCUCUGCUAUUUUCCUUCGCCGGAGCAAUCAUCUGAAAAUCUGUAGGCGUGUUCAAAUAUUUGCAUUUGGUUCUGUAGUUGUUGAAUCCCAAUUCUGGUCAUAAUGGUUGUUCUAGCAGCAUCCGUCACCAGUAAAUCUGGAAAAGCUCUUGUUUCAAGGCAGUUUGUGGACAUGUCUAGAAUAAGAAUUGAGGGACUUCUUGCAGCUUUUCCUAAAUUGAUUGGAAGUGGGAAACAACAUACUUAUGUUGAGACUGAAAAUGUGCGCUAUGUAUACCAGCCAAUGGAGGGUAUAUAUCUGCUGCUUGUUACAAACAAGCAAAGCAAUAUUCUUGAGGAUCUUGAUACACUGAGGCUUCUCUCUAAAGUUGUCCCUGAGUUUUCUGCCUCUUUAGAUGAAGAAGGCAUUUGCAAGCAUGCAUUUGAGCUGAUUUUUGCUUUUGAUGAAGUCAUUUCCCUUGGGCACAAGGAAAAUGUCACUGUUGCUCAAGUCAGGCAAUACUGUGAGAUGGAGAGUCAUGAAGAAAGAUUGCACAAAUUGGUAUUGCAAAGCAAGAUCAAUGAAACCAAAGAUGUUAUGAAGCGUAAAGCUAAUGAGAUCGAUAAAAGCAAGAUUGAGAGGGGCAAACUGGAAAAGGGUGGCUAUUCUUCUCUUCAAUCCAUGAGUUCAAUGGGGUCAAUGGGUUCAAUUGGAAGAAUGGAUAAUUCUUUUAGCAAUGAUAUGGGCAUUUCAAGUGGUAAUACAUUUGGAGGUUCUUCUGGAUUUGGAUUAACCUCUGAUGUGGACUCCUUCUCAACCAAAUCUAAAGGUCGUCCAGCUGCUUCAGUUGCUGCUCCAGCUAAAGGCAUGGGAAUGAAACUAGGGAAAUCACAAAGAACAAACCAGUUCUUGGAAUCACUGAAAGCUGAAGGGGAAAUGAUUGUUGAAGAUGUGGGCCCCAGUACUAAUCCAACCAGACCUGCUGCACAACCACUUACUGAUCCAAUCACUUUUACAGCUGAAGAGAAACUCAAUGUGACAUUAAAGAGAGAUGGUGGUCUUAGUAAUUUUGAUGUUCAGGGAACUUUGUCUCUCCAAAUACUUAAUCAAGAUGAUGGAUUUAUCCAUGUUCAGAUUGAAAGUGCAAGCAACCCAGAGAUCAAAUUCAAGACACAUCCCAACAUCAACAAAGAACUCUUCUCCAAUGAAAACAUUCUUGGAUCCAAAGAUCCCAACCGUCCAUUUCCAGCUGGCCAAUCUGGUGAUGGCCUCGGUCUCCUCAAAUGGAGAAUGCAAAGUAAAGACGAGUCAGCCGUCCCAUUGACUAUUAACUGCUGGCCUUCUGUUUCUGGAAAUGAAACGUAUGUUAGCAUUGAAUACGAAGCUUCUUCAAUGUUUGAUUUACAAAAUGUUGUUAUUUCUGUCCCUCUUCCUGCUCUUAGAGAAGCCCCAAAUGUAAGACAAGUUGAUGGAGAAUGGAGGUUUGAUUCCAGAAAUGCCAUGUUGGAGUGGACUAUACUUCUCAUUGAUAACUCCAACCGCAGUGGGUCAAUGGAGUUUGUUGUUCCACCAGCUGACACCUCGGUUUUCUUCCCAAUUUCUGUUCGCUUCUCUGCAACAAGUACUUUCAGCAGCAUGAAGGUGGCUAGUAUUGUGCCGCUAAAAGGGGGAGCUCCACCGAAGUAUUCACAGAGGACUCAAUUGGUAACCGAGAGCUACCAAGUUGUUUGAUUGAAGUUAUAUUAUUAACAUUCAAAUCGAUUUGUCAAUUAAAAUUCAUUUUCAUAUAUAAUUUUUCAUUCGGCUUUGGGAUUUUAGUCUACAUAGACAUUAAAAAAAAAUAUUAUUGUCUUUAUAUUUUCAGACAUUAUUCAAAUUUUGAAUUAUAAUCGCUUGAUAAAGGACAGACCAGUAAGUUGUUUUCGUGA